GCGCUGCCUCCCCGGUGAAGUCCACACGCAACAACACAAGUGUAUACAAGGGAAUAUUUAACUUACAAACCAUCAUUCAUCGGACGCUUAGAUGAAAACUCCAGCGGACUGUAUAACGUCAGCGCGGGAUGAGAGUUUCAAACUUUGCGUGUAACGUUACGGGUAGUUUACUAACGUUAACGUUAGAUUCUAACUUAAGUGCCGCUUCGGUAAAUGACGUGACACAUUGUAGACGUCAACGCCUUGGAGCAAAGUGGACAGGUGAAGUGGAAAGGAAAAGACCUCUUUGACUUGAGUGUGCCGGACUCUGGGACUGAGAGGAGACGUGGUUCUUUGGACUCCGGUACGACAUAAAGGACACAAGUUGCUUGGCUGAAAAUGGAACAGAAGGUUCUGGAUCAGGAAGUACCGAAGGAGGAACCCAUCACCCUGCACCUCCUGGCCAAGUUUUACCCUGAAAGUGCAGAGGAGGAGCUCGUGCAAGACAUCACGAAGCAUCUCUUCUUCCUGCAGGUGAAGAAGAAGAUCCUCGAGGAGGAUAUUCACUGUCCCCCUGAGGCCUCAGUGCUGCUGGCCUCCUCCGCCGUCCAUGCCAAGGCGCCGCGGCUUCAUCUCACGACAGCAGCUCCCGGGGGGGGAGACGUCGUCUGGCCCGUUGCAGAUAGAGGCCACUGGUUUGGAGGGAACGGCCAUCGCCGUUUGUCUCUUCCCGAAAACCGCCAGGUGACUAACUUGUACCAGAUGGCCGCGGAGAUGUGGGAGGAGAGGAUCACGGGCGUGUUACACAGGGGAAGGACGAGGGAUGAAGCCGAGAUGGAGUAUUUAAAAAAUAACUUUUCAAUCCGGAACCACGGGGGGACGGAUCUUCUCCUGGGAGGGGACGCCUUGGGUCUGCACAUCUACGAGUUGGACAACCGGCUGACGCCCAAGUGCUCCUUCCCCCGGAACGAGAUCCGCAACGUCUCCUACAGCGACAAGGAGUUUACCAUCAAACCUGUGGACAAGAAAACCAACACCUUCGAGUUCAACUCGUCGCGGCUAAGAGUCAGCAAGUUGGUGCGUUCGGAAGCACGCGGCCGACCUGCUGGCCGAGAAGGCCCAGAUGGCGGAGGAGGAGGCCAGGCUGCUGGCCCUGAAAGCCGGCGAGGCCGAGGCCGAGACGCAGCGCGUCAAAGUGACCGCCAUCCGCGGCCGGGAGGAGCGGCGGCUCCUGGAGCAGAAGAUGCUGGAGGCGGAGAUGCUGGCCCUCAAGACGGCCGAGGAAUCGGAAAGGAGGCCCCUGCGCCGCAAUGUGACAGCAUGCCCCCGGACCUGAGCUUCAGCAGAGAGAACCUCAGCUUUGACUUUAAAGACAGCGACAUGAAACGCCUCUCCGUGGAGAUCGAGAAGGAGAAGGUGGAGUACAUGGAGAAGAGCAAGCAGCUGAGCGAGCUGAAGACGGAGAUUGAAAGCCUGGAGACGAAAGAGAGGGAGACUCCUCUGGACGUCAUCCACAGCCAGCACUCCGAGCAGGGGACCAGCAAGCACGGCAACUUUAAGAAGUGUUUUUAACCACCACUGGCUUCUUUUUGCACCGACUCCCGAGGCCACGAAGACGGACGCAUUCGGAGGAGGUUCUUGGGAACCAAAGUGGAAGAGGGAUCACGUGAGCCUCACAUGAGAGCUUGUGUCUCAACCAUUAUCCAUCUCACUUUUUACUUAUUUUUUAGCUUGCAAAGACAACCACUUUCCCGACACAUGAAUUUGCAUCUGUUUUGAAUUAAUGUCUUUUUGAAUUAAUGUUCUCUUUCCCUCUGAAAGCAAUUUGUUUUAGAAAUUAGAAAACAAUGUGAGGAAAUAGAUUCACAUUGUACCUACAUGCAAGUUCUGAAUAUAAAAUAAAUUAAUCUUUAUUAUGUCA